AUGUGGCAGAUGAGCUUGAGCCUCGGAUGUAGCUUUGGGGCUUCAUCAUUAGUAUGUUACUGCUUCAGUGAGUAUGACUUCGACGUUUCAGAUCUUCAUACUCCAAUAAUCCAUGUGGCUUUAUCGCAAGGGACUUCAGGGAGUCAAGUCUUUGCAAUCACCUUACCAAUUCACUUGAGAAAGCCUCACUUAAUUCCCAAGCUUCCUACUAAGUUCAGGGAUGCAAUAGAUGAAUAUGCCGUGGAAUUGAAAAACCUUGCCGUGAAAAUCCUAGACCUAAUGGCUAAAGCUUUACACAUGAAAGCUGAGGAAAUGAAUAUGGUUUUCGAAGAAGGGAUGCAAGCAAUGAGGAUGAAUUACUAUCCUCCCUGCCCCCAGCCGGAGCUUGUUACAGGCCUUUACCCCCACUCUGAUGCAGUUGGACUCACCAUCCUCCUUCAAGUCAACGAAAUUGAAGGUCUUCAGAUUAAGAAAGAUGGAGCUUGGAUUCCUGUUGUACCACUCCCUAAUGCUUUUGUUAUCAACAUUGGAGACAUUUUAGAGAUUGUGACAAAUGGAAUUUACCGAAGCAUUGAACAUCGAGCAACUGUCAACUUGAAGAAAGAAAGGCUCUCCAUUGCCACAUUUUUCAACCCAAAUAUAGAUGGUGAUUUUGGUCCAGCACCGAGCCUUGUGACCCCUGAAACUCAAGCAAAGUUUAAAAGAAUCAGCUUUGUUGAUUAUAUGAAAGGACUAUUUUCGCGGGAACUUGAUGGCAAAUCAUUCCUUGACACAAUGAGAAUUUAGAGAAAGAACAAUCUGGUUCUUGAUUUAUGUAUGCUGAGUUCAUUAAAUGAGAAAUAUGGUAUCUGCUAAUAUUUAUGUAUGGUAUGGCAGCUGCUAUCUGUACCCAAAAUCAAAUUGCUUUGAUUGAAUAAAAUCUGUGUCAACUAGUAGAAGAA